GGCAUCUGCAGGAAACGCUGUUAUUCUUUUUUUUUCAACAUCUUUUCUUUCUCUUUUUGUUUCAUUCCCAUUCCCCUGGCGAAAAUGUCCUGGAGCACUUUUGAGGAGUUAGGCAACGAGAUACUCGCCCAAUGUAAAAUUCUUGAUAAAUUCGUCAAGGGUCAGAACUUAGAAAAGUCUGAACUAUCAUUUUCAAACUAUGAUUCCUGGCAAGCUGUCAUAGAUUGUCUAAAUGUAAAUGGGUCAGAAGUUGAGAAAAAUGCCCGCACAGAUCUGCUUAACAAAACCGCAGACCUCCGCGACCUUGUUCUGGGACCGGCAGGUACGGUAGUCUGGCCAGCUCUCACUUAUCCCUAUCAACUUUCAACACUGAAAAUCCUCAAUGACUUCUCAAUACCGCAAAUCAUCCCUCGUGGCAAAGGCAAAUCCAAAACUUUCUCCGAGAUCACUAAAGCACUCUCUGAGAAAAUUAGUAAAGACCUCGAUAGAAGAUUCACCAUGUCUGAAGAUUUUGUCACAAGGGUAAUCCGACAUGCGUCUACGUUUCACAUACUCGCUAUUGAUGAAGGUGCAAAAACCGUCUCACAUACUGCACCUUCACAAGCUUUCUUCAAAAAUCCGAUUCCGUCAAUUCCUCCAAUAGGGGAUGCUUAUAGCGUCCAGAGCACUCUAACGAUUUGUUUGGAUCUGAGAUUCCUCAACACAGCCUUUCGAAUUGGCGAUGCAUUGCUUCGAUAUGGAGAUAUUGUUGAGCCUUACGAGACCGCCUUCAACCUUGCCUUUGACACACCGUAUGACUACUUAAGAUACAUGGCAGACGCUGAUAAUUUGGAACUUUGUGAGGCUAUGCUAGACCACCUGACGUUUGUCAUGUCGAGUCGCAAUAUGGCUACAAGAGAUCACGACCAAAAUACACUAGCCAAGAAUGUAACCAGCAAAAUACCUAGCCAGGAUUCUGAGCGGCAAAACUUCAAAAUUGUUGAUAUGGGAGGCGGCUGGGGCGAUGUAUGUAUCAGCAUUGCCGAGGCCCUCCAAGACACAGACAAAGACAAGCCACUUCCGAAAUUCGUAGUGAAAGACCUUAGAAGAAUGAUCAACAAUGGACAGAACCAGCUUAACACAUCGGAUCUUCACGAAAGCAUCAAGAGCAGCAUCACCUUUGAACAGUACGAUUUUAUCCGGGACAGGAAUAGGGAAGACAAUGCCGACAUAUACAUGUUUCGCUUUGUUAUGCACGAUUGGUCGGACAGCCGUGUGGUUACAAUUCUAAACAACAUUGUGCCCUACAUGAAGUCAACUGCGCACAUCCUCAUUAUGGACUACAUCAUUCCCAAACCAGAUAUGUUCCCACUGGUGGUUGAGAGGUUAAAAAGGACAAUGGACAUGGCUGCUAUGUCUAUCUUGGCAGGCAAAGAGAGAACGGAGGAUGACUGGGGUCAGCUAAUUAUAAGGUUUAAUAAGGAGAACCCCAAUACGAAGCUGGGCUUUAGGUUUUGUCCCAACAGUGAGUUUUGUACAGACCAUGAGCUUUGUACAAACAACGAGUCUUGUAAAGCCAUAAAGCCUUGUACACACGAUGGGCUUUGUAAUAGGAAGCGUGCCUUCGGGGUUGUCGAGUUGAAGCUUGCAUCUUCGUAAGAUGCUUCUUGGCUUUGGAUUCUAUCUUGGAAAUUUAACAGUCAAGAUUGUAUGUAAAUAGCCCCCGCGGGAUGGGAUGUCAAGGGAUAUUUGAAUACGGGAAGCUGAACCAGAGGAGGCAUAACCCAAAAGGAAUUGACAGACAAACAUGUGGGACUUUUAUUUUUGUAAUACUCGAGAUCUAUGUUAUACAUUCAAAUAAAACAUUCUGAGUUAGAUACAGACCCAAAUAUUACAGAGAAG